ACGAGUACCUGGUGUUCGACCCCACCCGAUCUCCCAAUUAUGAGUUGUUCAUGGUGCCCAAGGUUCCUUACAAGCUGCGCGAGGAAGAAGAAUGCGAAUGGCCGCCGUCGACAUUGAUCCUGCCUGUGUUUUCAUCCAAGACUGGUUCUUGGGAGGAGAGGGCAUUUGAUCGGGAAGGGGAUGCUGCAGGGACGUUACCAGCCAUGGUUGGGUCAACUCCAUUUUGUGAUCAUCAGUGUGGCUACUGGCGAGGAGCACUUUACGUAUGCUUCUCCGAUUGCUUUGUCAUGAGAAUAUCACCAUCGGACAAUAAGUAUCGAGUAAUUAGAAUGCCCACGGAAGAUCCAGGAGAUACACAAUUUUAUCUAGGAAAAUCAAACAACGGGAUAUAUUGUGCAUCAUUACCAUCAUUUCUGAGGCCCCAAAUUUUGGUUUGGUUUCUUAACGAACGGUACUGUGGUCAAACCGAGUGGGUGUUGAAGCAUGAUAUGGACAUUUCCCACAUCCUGCCGAAUCUGAACUAUGAUGAGCAGCAGCGUGAUGGACCUUGGGUCUUACAACAUUAUAAUUAUAGACCUUUUAAUUUUAAUUAUGAUGAUGAUGAUGACGAAGACGAUGUGGAGCUCGAGCCAAUAGUGGAAGAGAAAUUCGAGAAAUUUGAGUGGGACUCUGACAAUGAUAAUGUUCUUGAGCCUGGAAGUAUGCGCGAGAAUUGCUAUAUCUAUUUCCUUGGAUUUCAUCCUUACAAAGAUAUCGUCUUCUUAGGUGAUGAAUUUGACAGAGUGCUAGCCUAUAAUUGGAGUAGCUCAAAGCUUCAGGAUUUGGGCAAAGUUUUCACAGAAUUUUAUAUUCGUCUUACUACAUACAGAUUGCAUUGUUCCCUGAAAAAUAAAAUUCAUAUAUCUCCACUUUAAAUUUCCUUAUUUUCCCUUCUGUUGC